AUGUCAUCCCUUACAGCAAAUUUUGGAUCCAGCUACUCUGAUUAUCGACCUUGGGAAUAUGAUAUCUUGGUCAAAAUAUUAAUCGUUGGAAAUUCGGGAGUUGGAAAAUCAUGUUUAUUGGUACGAUACAGCGAUGAUGAAUUCUAUGAAUCUCAUCUUUCAACGAUUGGAGUGGAUUUCAAAAUCAAGACACAAACACUUCAAGAUCAUCGAGUGGCAAAAAUUCAAUUAUGGGACACAGCUGGACAAGAACGAUUUGGACAAAUUGUCUCUGGUUAUUACAGAUCUUCGAAUGGUAUCAUGAUUGUGUUCGACUUGACUGAUGAAAAAUCAUUUCGUGAAGUUGCUAAAUGGUUAGAUCAAAUUGCAAAAUACGGUUCAGAAAAUACUCCAAUGGUUCUGGUUGGUAACAAAUCAGAUUUAGUAGCAAAGAGAGUCAUUGAUCGUCGAGUCGCAGAAGAGUUCGCCAAGAAUAUGGGCAUGGAAUAUAUUGAAACAAGCGCAAAGAAUUCGAAUGGUGUCGAUGUGGCAUUUGACAAGAUGCUUCAAGCCGUUGUAAAAUCACAAAAUUAUAUUGAUAAUAAUCCAAAUACUAAGAAGAAGACAGAUUCUUCGACGACUGUGAUUGGUCCUGGUUUAAGAGGAAACACCACAGUGACUGACUCGAGCAAUAAUUCAUGUUGUUGGAAGUAA